AGCCAUUGUGAAUGCGCUACGACAGUUUUCUAUGCAUAAAUAUUGACACUGUAGAUAAAAUCGAUAAUGUAAAGUAAUAUUCAUGCACUAUUUGAAAUUGACAUUCUAUUUAUAUAUUGUAAACACCAACCGUCUGUUACCACUAUUUUUAUUCAAGAAAGCGGGGAAAUCGACGGUGUAUAUUGAUUUCAUAUAAUCUCUGUAAGAGGACUCCUGAACAAUUGGAGAGCCGUGAAUACUUGCAGAAGAUACUUUUUUUUUUGUCACAUUGCAGAUAUGAUAUGAUAGCAAUUUGGUAUCUUUGAUUUUUAAUUACGGAAUGUCAGCUGUUAGGAAUUUGAUUGAAAUGGAUCAAGGGAGCUGAAAUCAAAUUAAGGUUUCUGCAAAGCCGACUAUAAAAGAAUGAAAAGACAGAACGUGCGAACCUUGUCAUUGAUUAUAUGUACUUUCACUUAUCUUCUCAUUGGAGCUGCAGUCUUUGAUUCACUGGAAUCCGACUUUGAAAUAGAAAAUAGACGAAAUCUACGAGAAAGAGAACGAAAAAUCAGAGAAAAAUAUAAUAUCACUGAUGAACAUUUUGAAAAAAUCAGAAUCAAUGUUAUAAAAUCGAAACCAUAUCAAGCCGGUACCCAGUGGAAAUUUUCUGGUGCCUUAUACUUCUCUUUAGUUGUUGUAGCCGUUAUAGGUUAUGGACAUAGUACCCCUAAAACGGUUAGUGGCAAGUUGUUCUGCAUGGGAUACGCAUUAGCUGGCAUUCCACUAUGUAUAAUUAUGUUCCAAAGCGUGGGCGAAAGACUUAACACAUUCAUGUCAUAUGGAUUGAAACAAAUUAAAAAAUGUUUUCGACUGAAGAAAACAGAGGUGUCCCAAACGGACUUGAUAUUCGUGACAAUGAAUCUUUCUACAAUUAUCGUAGCCGUUGGAGCUUUAAUAUUUUCUCACUAUGAAGGUUGGGAGUACAUUGAUUCUCUGUACUAUUGUUUUAUCACCUUGACAACGAUUGGGUUUGGCGAUUAUGUAGCUUUACAAAAGAAAGAUAAAGUACAGACGCAUUACUAUGCAUUCAGCUUACUUUUUAUUUUGUUUGGAUUGACAGUUAUAUCAGCUGCAAUGAAUUUGUUGGUGUUGCGUUUCCUUACUCUAAAUUCUGAAGAUGAAAGACGAGACGAACUUGAGGCAGCAAUAGCUGCCCAGAAUGCAGUUCAUCUUGAAGGCGACGUCAUAACCGGAAACGCAGGUGUUGUGGGUAAUGCACAAGAGCGACCUGAUUUUCAAGAGACUUUAUCAGUAUGUUCAUGCUCUUGUUAUAAAUGGAGGUCAGCCAGAGAUAAAAUUUAUGGUGCAACCAACAACCCAACACGUACAAAAUCUUUCAUGUCAAACAAUGUCACGACAACUAAGGAGGACAAUAACUCUGAAACUGAUUCGUUCUUAUUGUGGCAACGUAGUAAACGUGCGUCAUUUUAAACUAUUAAUUUUUCUAGUCCUUUUAUUUAUAUUUACAUUAAACAUGUUUUCAUUAUUUUAUUAAAUAGUAUUGCUCCACCAGAAUACAUAAAAAUUGUGAAAUUGGCAUAUUUUAUGAGGCUAAAACCGACCUCAAAACUAAUACUAGUAAUGCACUUUUAUCGUAGAUAAGCGUUAUAACUGAAUGCAUUUCAUCUAUAACAAUGGAGUUUGUCAUGUUUGAUAAUUGUAUGUUUAAUGAAACCAUGAAAAGUUGAAAGAACGUUAUUGGACCUCUGCUUGACUAACGACAGCUGAUAAUUACCAAAUACGUAGAAGCAAUCCUUUUCUCUUUUCCUCAAUUGUCA